AUGAGGUUCUUUACAUAUUCGCUAGCAGCUGUUUCAGCUCUUUUCCAAAUCACCCUCGCAAGUCCUCUGCAGGAUAGACGCCAAAGUAGUUAUGCCGGGUAUCUCAUCUCGACGUUCUCGGAUGUAAAUCCGACAGUUCAGUGGUACCUCUCGAAUGGCAACUCGCCCACGAGCUUCACCAAACUGAACAAGGGCAAUCCUGUCUUGACUUCGACAGUCGGCACUAAAGCUGUACGGGAUGUCUUUCUGGCAUCAAACAGCGCUCGCACCCAACACUAUUUGAUCGCUACAGACUUAGAUAUCAAUGCUUCUGGCUUCUCCUGGGACGCAGCAACCCGUACAGGUAGUCGUGGCAUCGUUGUUUGGAAAUCAAGCAACCUCAUUGAUUGGUCAUCUUCGAGCCUGAAAACCAUCGAAGGCGCCACUGCCGGCAUGGUAUGGGCCCCCUCCGCAGUAUGGGACGAUGCAACACAACGAUUCUACGUUUUCUGGGCCUCACGCCUCUAUGCCUCUUCAGACACCGCCCACACCGGAACCGCAGGACUCGACCGCAUUCGCUACGCAACUACCAAAGAUUUCUCUACCUUUAGCACCCCCAAGGACUACGUCGCGCCGGCGGGAACCCCCGUCAUCGACCAGGAAUUCCAGUACCUCGGGAAACCCGGCCACUUCUCGCGCUUCAUCAAAAACGAGACUACCCUCCAAGUUUACCAGGAAAACACAACUGGUGGCCUUUUCGGAUCGUGGACGAGAGUUCCCGGAUACGUCACUUCUGGAAGUCCGUGGGAGGGCACGGCGUCGUAUGCGGACAACUUGGUGGCUGGGAAGUAUCAUCUGCUUCUGGACAAUUAUACGCAGUAUGUUCCUUUUGAAUCUGUAAGCUUAGGGAAGUGGACUGCGUCAAACACUACCGGGUUUCCUGCGGGGCUGAAGCAUGGCUCUGUGACGCAGAUUACGCAGAAGGAGUAUGAUGCUAUCAAAGCGAGGUAU